AGAGAGAGAGAGAGAGAGAGAGAGAGAGAGAGAGAGAGAGGAGAGAGUGAGGGGAAUUCGUUGAGGACUCAGAUAUACUGGGUCGUCUGGGAAAAAAGGGGAAAAGAUAAGAACAAGGAGAGAAUAGGUUGCAGCUUGCGCUGGUUUAUUUCUCAGAAGUGGGAAAAUCCAAAGUGAGAGAAGAGAAUUGCGUGAGAGGGAAAGUGGGGGAGUAUUGGAAAGUACCACACAGACAAAAGGAGGAAUUCUAAAAGAGAAUCAGCAAGGCUCUACUGACAGAAGAAAAGGAACUUCUGUGCUCACAGUGUCACAGACCUUGAGAGGACCACAAGAGAACUCUGCUCUCUGAGAGAUACCGCAACAUCUCUCUGCAGACUUGAUUGCCUUCAACUACAGAAAUGGAGAAGUGUCCUUACUUGGGAAGAUAAAAGGAUGAAACAACAAGUUCUACUUAUAUAUAUAUUAAUCGUCCAAUGUGGUGGAUGCAAUGUCUCUCUGAAGGCAGGUGUCGAGAACCUCAAAGGAACAAUCGACUUUAACCACGCUGGGUUUCGGGACGUGUUUCCCACAGAUUAUAAAAUUGCACACCACUACGAUGACAGUCUGCUCUGCUCUGAGCUGUGUUGUGUGUCCCGCUCUGCAAUCGUGCUUUCAGACUCCUGGGAACAGUUACUCAAAAAACUAUGGCCUGAGAACUAUAAGUUCAAACUGAUUCAGGAAGUGAUAGAGGCCUUGGAUGAAAUUGCAGAUAAGAAAUUCCAGGAAGAGCCUGAUGUCUCAAUCUUACCCCUGCGCACCUCUUCUCCAGAGGACCUCCGGAACUACACAUCUGUCCUGUUCUCGAUUUACCUUCACAUGGAGCUCCACUGCUCGUCCUCCGAGAGCAGGUGUUCCUUCCCCAACAAGACCCCUCCUCAGGCAGAGGAACCGCAGCAGACCCCCUGGAGGCAGAGGUUUCUGACCACUCGGGAUGUCCGACAGGAAAGGGAAGGGCAGAGAGAGCACAUGUUUGAUGAUUCAUCACCUCCAACCAACGAGGGCCAAACAAGCCCCCAGUUUUCCGAUUCAAGGACCCUGUUGCUUUGGGGACUUGUGUACUGUGCUAAUGUGCUUCUACUGGGUUAGCUGUCUCAAAAAAUAUUACCACAAUGAUGCACACCAAAUGCCAAAAUAAUCAGUGCUUGCGCAAUGUGUUUUGGGACAUCAUUUGAGCAUCUCUCAUUCUGUUUGUUAAGAUGGCAUGCCAGGAAGCUGAUUAUGAAGUAACAGAUUGCUGUUGCACUAAGCAACUAAAAAUAUCCAAUUAUGCUUACUGUAACGUAGUCCUAGCAGCAAACAAAACAGCUAUAAGCCUACUGUUUAAACAGCCACUAACUCCUGCAAACACUGCUUAACAUUAGCAAGUGAUAUAGUGUGUCAUUGAGGUAUAGCUCCAUCUUACACAUGGAAUUCAUCAGAUGUUUACGGUUUGUUGAAUGGCAGGUAAAAUAGGGUUGUCUGAAGUGAAUGAAGUUGUACAUAGAUCAUGUAAAUAAAUUAUUGAAUUAA